AUGUUGGAGGAAGUUGCUGAAACCCUACUAAGCACUUCGUCAUGUAGUGCAAGAUUGCAUUCUUAUAGGGGUUUUGCUGGUACUUUUGUUGUUGUGCAGUCGAGGAGAAAAGUUAGAGAGCCAAAGGAGGAAACCGUGACUCUGGGUCCAGCUGUUAGAGAUGGCGAACACGUCUUUGGUGUCGCUCGCAUAUUUGCCUCCUUCAAUGACACUUUCAUUCAUGUUACUGAUUUAUCUGGGAGGGAAACCCUUGUCCGCAUCACUGGUGGAAUGAAGGUUAAAGCUGACAGAGAUGAAUCAUCUCCAUAUGCUGCUAUGCUUGCAGCACAGGAUGUUGCUGCCAGAUGCAAGGAACUGGGCAUAACUGCACUUCAUAUUAAGCUCCGUGCAACUGGAGGAAACAAGACCAAAACACCUGGUCCUGGUGCUCAAUCAGCUCUUAGGGCCCUUGCUCGUUCAGGAAUGAAAAUUGGUCGUAUAGAGGACGUGACGCCCAUUCCUUCGGAUAGCACUCGUAGAAAGAGUGGUAGAAGAGGUAGAAGGCUCUAA